UGUGAUUUUUCAUCAGAGAUUUUCAUAUUAGCUUUAUGUAAUGCGCUUACUAUUAUUUGGAUGUGUUUAAUAUGUUCUUCAGUUGUAUAUAUAUAUUAACACAUCGUCGAUAUAUAUGUACAAACGCAAAUUUAUGUAUAUAUUCUCGUAAAAUAUCAUCAACACAUCUUUGAAAUAUUGAGGGUGCAUUUCUUAAUACGAAGGGCAUUCUAUGAAUUCAUAUUUUGCUCCAUUUAUAAAAAAAAUGCUGUUUUUUCCCUAUCUUCUUUUUUUAUCAUAAGUUGGUGAAAUCCUACUUCUAGAUCUAUCGUGGAAAAAUAUUUAGCUUUACCUAACGCUUGUAUUGUCAUGUUUAUAUCCGGAAUAGGAUAUCUAUCUGUUAUAGUUUUUGAAUUUAAUUUUUGAAAAUCUAUCACUAAUCUUUUCUUGGGUUUUCCAUUUUCAUCUAUACCCUUUUUUGGUACUGUCCAAACUGGUAGGUUAUAAGAACUUCUACUAGGUUGUAUUAUAUUAUUCUUUAAUAAUUUUUUUAUUUCUGAAUUAACGAAAUCGUUAUCUGCACACGGAUAUUGGUAUUGUUUCGUCCAAACAGGUUCAUUACUUUCUGUCCUAAUGGUUGCUUCUAUCGUUGUGGUAAAUGGUAACUUUUCUGUUUUAUUAUUUCUCUUAAUUAUUUCAUAAUCAUAAUCUUUAUUAUCGUUUGUGUAAUUUAUUUUUUGAUUUUUGUUUCUAUUUGUAUAUUUUAAUUGUAGUGACGUGAAAUCUAUUUCUGCAUUUAUUUUUUUCAAUCCACAAAAUUCUAUUAUCAUAUCAAAAUCUUGAAUACCUUUUGUUCAAAAAAUGGUAAAUCAUGGUUUAACAGAUGUAUCAUUGUUUACCAGUCAUGAUGGAAUAUCCCUGCAUUGAUUUUGUCCAUACAGGAUCUAUUGAUAUACUUUUACCUAUUCUGCAUUUUUUUGAUAUGUAGUUGUUUGUAGCGCCUGAGUCGAUCAUGAUAUUCACUUCUGUUGUGUCGGACCGUCCUUGGCACGGUAGUCCAUCCUUUAGCCUAAAAAAGUACUCGAUGUAUCGUCAGCUUCUUCCAUGUGUCUGAAGGUUUGUUCUGGCUGAGGUUCAAGUUGUUGGUGUGUUGAUCCUUUGUAUCUUUUGCGGAAUGAUGUUUCUGUUAGAGUGAUUUCGUUUAUACCCACUGUUUCUUUAAGGUUCGUCAACAUCCAUGCGUUCUUGUGGAGAUUGGUAUGUAUUAAAUACUCUUUGAGGUUGUGCAUAACUGUAACUGUGCCUCGUUUGUUGCCUUGGUUGGAAUUGAUUUUUCCUAAAGUUGUUAUUGUGAUGAUUAGGUUGAUUAUAUUGGCUUUUUGGUUUAAAUUAUAAUUGUGGUGGAUUAAAAUUAAAAUGGUUUGUCUUUCGUAGUAUUAUUCUAUGUUGAUUAGUUGGUCUUUGCCAAAAGUUAUUUAAAUUUUGUUUUUGGAUUUCGAUAGGUCGUCUUAGGUUUUUAUUUUCACUAGUUUGUUGUAAUCGUAUUUCGAUAUGUUUAGCACUUGUACGAGAGCUGCUAUAUAUAUUUCUGGCCUAAUAAUGAAAAUAGGCAUAUUUAUCAACGAAAAUGGGCUCAUACGCAUAGAUCCAUGAUUCGUCACCUGUGACGAUCUUAUAAACGUCUUUUGAAAACCCGCGAUCGUAUUUUUUCAGCAUUUCUUUACACCAAUCCACACGAGCCUUUUUUUGAGCGAUUGUCAAAUUGUGCGGGAUCCAACGAGAACAAACCUUUUUUACGGCCAGGUGUUCAUGCAAUAUCGAAUGUAUGCUGGUGGGAGAAAUACAUAGGCAUGCCUCUAUCUGAAGGUAUGUUACAUGACGGUCUUGCAUUAUCAGUUCACGUACGGCAUCGAUGUUUUCUGGCACAUCGGCUGUUUUUGGACGACCUUCACGGAAUUCGUCUUUGAGCGAGCGUCGGCCACGAUUGAAUUUGUUGUACCAGUUUUUCAUAGUGCUAUAGGAUGGUGCUUCAUAGCCAUACAAAGAUUUUAGUUCAUCGAUGCACUCUUGUCGUGAUAAUCCACGUCGAAAGUUGUGAAAAAUGAUCGCACGAAAAUGUUCACGAGUUAAUUCCAUUUUUUGGCCGAGAUGAAUUUUUUAAUUCCCUGUAAAUAAAACAAUUCACGAUUAAAUGACAAAACGUUCUGAGUGAUGUUAUGCUAAAAAAUGUCAAACUUUCCAAUGGAAAUGUCAGAUUGCACCUGGCAACACUUAGUGUUGCCUAGGCCAGAAAUAUAUAUAGCAUCCUCCGUACUCUACUUCUUUCCGCCAAAUACAACUUCCAAAUUGCAACCAUUGGACCAAGGGUUUAUCCAUAAUUUGAAGAUGUUCUAUCGCAAAGAAAUUGUUAAAAUCGUUUUAGAAUCUCUCGACAAUCAACUAACUACAAAUAUCACGGUUCUGACAGCUAUUUUACUAAUUGGCAAAGCAAGGAGAGCUGUAACACCCCUAACGAUUCUCAACUGCUUCAAAAAAUCCGGAUUCUUAAAAGAAAAUCAAAAAAAUCUUCCAAUGGUUAUAGAUAUGAAGAACCAGCAUAAGAACCAUUAGUUGACAUCAGCGGUGUGACUUUUUCUGAUUUUGUUCAAGUGGAUGAAAAUGUUGCUGCUCAGGUUCAUUAACUGAUGGCGAAAUUUUAUCUGCAACAAAUACGCAAAGUAACGAUGAAGAUGAGGACGAUACAUCGGAACCUUUGGCAGAGGUGUCAGUUAAGGAAGCAAGAUCCUCAUUGAUACCUUCUGUCUACAAAACGAAAGUAAUAAAAAAGCAUUUCAGGCACUUUUUCUCUUAAAAAAGUUUUUGAGCAGUGUGGGCAGCAGAAUUAAAGCAAACCAGUAUAACAAAGUUCUUUCGAAAGAUUAAUUAAUUCACAUUACGAAUACAUGUAUGUACACGAAUGUACCUCUUAAUUCUUCUCAUUUUUAUAUUAAUAAAUAAAAAUUAACCAACACUUAAUAAUUCGAAGUUUUAUUUAUUUUCUCUCACAAAUUUCGAACCAUUUGAUAUUUCAAACACUCGAUAAUUCGUAAUAUUUCAUGAGUCCCUCGAGUUUCGAAUUAACGAGAGUCGACUGUAUAUGACUAUCUUCCGAACCAAUAAAGCUAUAUCACACAAAUUUACACAACAAAUCUUUUGAGCCCUUCUUACGACAGCGUGAAAAUAGGUGAAAACGAAUGAUGACCCCGCACAUUCCACAUAUAACGGCAUUGUUAAAAACUACUGAAAGAAAAAAAAGCUAAAUGCGUAAGAGACAUAAAAUUUUACACCAAGGAUGACUCUAACCACAUAUCUCGGGAUAUGCUUAACCGAUUUAAACCAAAUUGGUUUUUUUAACGAAAAAAUUUAAAUUACUGUUAAUAUUCCUUGCUAACUAAGAGAUAAGAAUUACUAUUAAAACGGUUGACGCUCGGAACGCUGUCAGUAAAUAAAUCAUAUUGUUUAAACUAAUUGCGAGUAGUGAAAUUUUCUUACGGAAUCUUCAUACCUUUAUCGAGAAUUCACUAAAGUUCUUGGUUGUUAACUUAAAAUUUAAUUAACAAUGUCAUAAAAAAAAUAUAAAUAUAUAUACAUAAUGUUAUAUUAAAAUAAUAUAUUUUCCGAGAAAUCUUGAAAAUUUUACUAAUUUAUCUUUAACGUUUAAUUUAAAAACAAUUUUUUUUUCAAGAAAAGUAUCUAAAAUUUUCAAAAUUCGAUUGGGGGAUAAGUUUAUCAAUGCACGUGCUUACAAAAAAUAUAUGAACUUAAUUUUUAUGAUGAAGUGGACAAUGGGGUUCCAGAUAAGAUAAGAUUAUGUUGGCACAAAAACUUAAGCCGAUAGACCAUUUGAAGCGUCGUAGUUUUGCCAUUGAGAGCUUGAAACAAUGGAAGCCAACUAUGAUUUUUAUCGAAAAAACGUCUUCUUAGAUCAGAUAAAAAAAUUUGCUAUUAGUCAAAUCCUCGUAUAUCAAUUGCCUCCUCAAAAAUUGACCUUUGGGUGCGGAUUGUGGUAUGGCAACAUUCUGCUGCCGUAUUACUUUCGAAACGCAGUCGGAUAUACCGUUACCACCAAUAGCGAAACAAACAAUAAUUUUUAUCGUUAAUUUUCAUCCAUUAGGACGACAUAACAUAGCCCAGAGAACAUCAAACAAUGAGAAGAUGCAAAUCGAAUUUUGUAUCAUGCACGAUUGUACUGAAAAACUUCAAAUGGGGAAUUCACCAUAUUUCCUGCUAUUAAGGGGCACACCUAGUGUGACAGCGUAAAAAAAAAAGCAUUUUUUGGGAUAAAAAAAAAACAAAACUAGUCAAUCAAUCGUUUUAAAAUUUUAAGGGUAUAUUUAUACAUGUUUUAAGAGUACAAAAAAAUUUUUUGAAAGAAAAUAUUAAAUAUUUUUGAAAUGACAAACUAUAUCCGGCGGCGCCAAAAAAAGGUCUGCUGCUAUGAUUGCAGCCGUCUCUGUUGAUGAAACCUAAAAAAAAAUUCUCGUUAAACUAAAACAUAUUGUCUGUACGAUGACUGUCCACGAAAAAUAGAAGAAGUUAAACAGAAAAUAAAAAUUAUAUCUUUUUGCACAAAUUUGUAAUAGAUAAUAUCCGAAAGUUAGAUAAAAGUUGGCUUUGUUACAUUCUUUACAACUUUUGCUUAUUAUGGUUAAGAAGUGCAAAAUGUAUGUAUACACUUACUGGAUUAUUACUUUUAUUUUUUGCAUAAAUUUUUAUAAGUUAUAUGAAAUUUUAUAAGUAAAAUUUUACCAAUUUGUAUGAAUGCUUGCAAUGUAAUAUUGUAUUUAUAGUCAAUUUGGACUUGCACAAAUGAAUGUACAAUUAUGUAUGAGCGCAUUCAGAAAUUCAAAUUAUUAUUUUAUCACUUAUUAAUAUCCUGCAUAUGCGCAUAUUGCUCUUUUUAGACAUACAUACAGUAUCGGACAAAACAUUUGCCAAUAGAGCGAAGUCCAGAUUUUUUUUGUCUUAUAAUGCCAUUUUUCCUUCGAAUUUUUUUGUUUUUUCAAGAAACAGCAUUGAAGUUACAUAUUUUGCAAUCUUUAUCGCGAUCUUUUUUAUUUUGCCGGUUAUACUUGAAAACAAUUUCAAAUGUAUCCCAAUCCGCCGCUACAAAACAAUUGCAACUCUGCUUUAUUUGUUUCUUUUUCUAACGGUAUUCAGUUUGAAUUAAUUAGAACCGUUACUGAACAUAAUUUCUGCUCUGAAUAUUUGCGAAAACACGUUUUUAUUUUACAUUUUUUUGCAAAAAAAGUAAUGGCUCUAAAUAAAUUCGGUGAAGCACCCCGAGCACGUGUUAUUGGUGAUUAUAAUAACGGAACUUCACAAAAAUAAAUUUCUAUAAAGUACAGAAUUCACAAGUCAUCAAUCUUGCGAAUAAUUUCAAACUUUAUUAAGAAUAAAACUGCCGAAGUUGUGCAUUGUGCGCACCCACCAAGAAAAACUGAUGAAAAAACUGACAGCUCAAUUGUUAGAGAGGUAAAAAAAUAUCCAUUUUAAAGCGCUCUGCAAUUGGUAAAAGAGCUUGGGUUACCAAUCUACUUAAAAAAGGCCGCUCAUCGCCUAAAUAACGCUGAUUUAUACAGUUUGUUAAUUUGGUAGGAAGUGAUGGCGUGAGUUUCUUUCGACGCCCACGAACCAAGCGUCUUAAACAUUUCUAGUGUCUAAAAACAGUCAAAUAUAGCACUGGGGAUGCUUUUCUGCUUCUGGUUUGGGGCCGCCCCCGUAAUGUUUCCACAUGGUGAUUGAGAAAUGUCACUUAAGCGGGUCUUCCACCAGAACAAUGGGCCGAAGCAUAUGGCAUAGGUCCUAAAAUCGUGGUUACAGAGGAAUAAAGUGGGUGUAAUGGAGUGGCCUCCACAUUAAAAAAAAAAAUUUAUCGUAGUAAUGUGCCAAAUACUGAUCAGUUUUUUCAAAAGGCUCUGGAGGCAUGGAGAAAUAUACCCCAAACCAUAGUGGAUAACCUUAUACUCGUAGCUUCAAUGCCACUGCGAUGCAAAUCAGUUAUUGAUUUUAAUUAAAAUAGUGAACCGUUUUCUUUGACUUGCAAUUGUUUUGUCUUAUUGAAUGUAGAUGUUAUAUCGUUUUUUAUAUACAUUAAGGAAAUAAACUGAGAAAUAUUAUUAAAUUUGCUUUGUUUACCUUAAUUAACAUCCAAUAUUUAAAAUAAAAUUAAAAUAGUAAGUCUCCGGCAAUUAUUUUCUGUGUAAUCGACUGUAUUUUCAUUAUCAUAUUUCAGUUGCAAAUGUUUUGUCCGAUACUGUAUAUACAUUAGACUGUGCCAAAUAAAUAAUUUUUUUUUUUUGGUCCCAUGUAAAAAUUUCGUUAAGAGUCACGAAAGAAACAUUGUGUCAAAAUUUGAGCCCUUUAUCUUAAUUUUUCAGUUAGCGCUCGCAAAAAUAAGAAAUUUCGUCAAAAAAUGUUUUUUUUUCAUUCAUUUUUUGGUUAUAUGUAGAUAACUUAAAAUACCAAAUAUAAAAAAACCCUUGGUAUGGCUUUGUAGGAAAUUAAAUUCUCUACAAAAAUGAUCCUUUCUCGAAUUUAUAGAAUCAACACCGUUUUUUUAUUGCUCAUUCAAUUACAAUUUGUUCUAUGAUUUUUAUUUUCAAUUAUUGAUAAACACUUAUUACACUUUUAAAUCAAAUAAGUCUUGUGGUAUUUUCGCUAGUUGGCGCUGAAAGCGCGUAGUUCUGGUUUUAUUCGUCGCAUCGGGUCAUGCUAUACCUACCUUUUUGGAAAGCUCAUUUCACGCGCUAACACGUGUUUGAUUGAUUGUCGCUUCUUUUAAGUCGUUCGUGAAUUAUAGCGUCGCAAACAUGGAGCAAAAUAAAGAGAAAAUACGGCAUACGGCAUCUCAAGCCGCCAAUAAAAUUUGUGCAGUUUAUGGACACGAUACAGUUUCCAUUUCCACCGCACAACGAUGGUUUCAACGUUUUCGUUCUGGUGUAGAGGUGGUCGAAGAUGCGCCACGCUCCGGAAGGCCUGUCGUCGAAAAUUGUAAUAAAAUUGCUGAAUUGGUCGAAAGAGACCGACAUAGUAACAGCCGUAGCAUCGGUCAAGAGCUGGGCAUGAGUCAUCAAAAAUUCAAUUAAAUUUUUUUUUGACAAUCCAAUACUUUAAUUGAUUGUUAUAUGGUACAGUAAAAGAUAAAAAUAAUUUUAUUAACAAAUAUAAUGAAGACAAAAAGAUGAAUCCUUUUACAAUUUUUAUUUAUAAGUCUCGCGGACUUAUAAAUUAUUUAUGAUGUAAAACUUAUAAGAUAUAUCCUUUUUGGACCUUUUUGUACGUCAAAGGAUUCUGGUAUGAUUCUUCGAUGAAGGAAUCCCAUCGACCAUCAAGACAAAAAUGGUUCAAGCAAUAACAAAUCAAUUAAGUACGACAGAAAAUACGAAGAAGUUAUGUUUAAAACAAGACGAUUUAAAAUCAUUUGGCUCAAAAGAUAUUAGUGAUUUUAUUACUCAAAAAUCGAUGAUUUUGUUUGAGAUUUUCGGCUUAUCUACAAGUUUUCUAGAUUUACCUGUAGAUCAAUGGGAAUUCGAUGACGGGUACCAGGCUUCUUUAGAAACUGUUCGAUCAAUUAAAGUCGUAAAUGAUAUUGCCGAAAGAGCUGUAGCGUUAAUUGAUAAAUAUAAUGAUAGUCUCCCUUGUGAUGAAGAACAGAAGCAGUUUUUAUUACAAGUUGUUGCUGAACAUCGCAAAAAAUAUCCCAAUUGUAAUAAACGAAAUCUAUGUGAGUAAUAUGUUUACUUGGAUUUCAUAAUUGACUUUAAAGUCAUUCGAGUAAAGAUCUUAUCAGCCUCUUUUAUUACAAGAUCAAAAAUAUGUUUAUCAUGAUAAUUUUAUGUCAGAGGACAUAAGAUCUUUUAGAGAAAAGAUGUAAGAUCUUAACAAUUAAUGAAACAUGUGAAUAAAAAUAAUAAAAUACAAUAGGUCAUCAUUUCUUUACUUAAUGUAAGCUUUUUAAGAUAUUUUGUUUGUAGUAACUAUCUAUUUCUAUUAACAUACCAAUGAUUUUUCAUAAAAUCGAAGAUUUGUGGAAUUCUGACUCUAAACAUGAAUUUUACUAAGCUUUGACACAAUAAUAAGGACAAAAGCAAAAACAAAUAAAAUUAGCAUAAAAUUCAUUAUUUCAAAAAUAAAAAAUAUUAACAGUUUAAGAGUAUUCACAUUUAUUAAAGUAUAAAAACUACUUGUUUAGAUCAUAAACAUUCCUAGAAAAAUUGAUUUAGUUUGUUUUUUUCGUUGGAAAGAAGUUUAAUAAGUGUUUAUCAAUAAUUAAAAAUAAAAAUCAUAGAACAAAUUGUAAUUGAAUGAGCAAUAAAAAAAACGGUGUUGAUUCUAUAAAUUCGAGAAAGGAUCUUUUUUGUACAGAAUUUAAUUUCCUACAAAACCAUACCAAGGGUUUUUUUUAUAUAUGGCAUUUUAAAUUAUCUAUAAUCAAAACAUGAAUGAAAAAAAAACAUUUUUUGACGAAAAUUCUUAUUUUUGCGAGCGCUAACUGAAAAAAGAAGAUAAAGGGCUCAAAUUUUGACACAAUUUUUUUUCCGUGACUCUCAACGAAAUUUUGAUCUGGGACCGAAAAAAAAAAUAUAUUUUAUUUAUUUGGCGCAGUCUAAUAUACAUAUAUGUAUAUUUGUAUACUUUGCCGGACAAAUAAUGCACAAGCAUACAAAUAUGCAUACAUGUUAAUAUGUCACCAAUAAAAAAUUUAAAUAUUAUUCUAUAAAAACAACAAUUGCCUUUACUUCGUAAUCACUAUCUGCAUAUAAGUUAAAAUUGUUUGGAUGGUUAUCGCACGCAUAUAUAAUAAAAAUAUCCAUGUCACUCAAGUUUAAAAUAACAAUGUAAUUUAUUAUGAAAAUCUUUAACUUUGUAUAAUGUUGUUUUAAAGUUAAAUGUUUCAAUUAUUAGAUCGUGGGGGUCACAGUGCUAUCUGCAGCGCGCGGGAUUGUUGAAACGAAUGUUGAUGUGCGAACAGUAUAUGACGAAUUGUGUUCGCUAUCCUUUUCCCCAUCCUUUUUGUUGAUGUAAAAGUGUGGUGAGUUUGUUGGUGUUUUGUUGUGUGGUGAUGUAUGAGUAUGGUGACAUCGGAUAUGAUAUAAUGAGCUGUGUUUUAUUGGUGUGUAGCAGUUUUUCCGAGUAGAGUGGGUGGAUGCUUAACUCAUUUAAACAUCCUCGCCCUCCUAGGCGAACAUUUUGCCUAGUAUUAUGUAUAAGCUGAUAUAUGUAUUUCAGUAUACUGUUGGUGGAGUGGCCAAGGGCUAAGAAUAUUAGCUGUAAGAAGCGAUUUUGGUUUUAAUAUAAAUUUGUAUUUUAUGUAGGUAGUGGUGCUUGUUGUGCUAAGCACAUAGAGCGCGACAGACUGCAAGCGGCCUCUCUCACUUACAAAAAUACGCACGUUCUUAUGAACACAGUUAUUUAGACAGCUGCAUAACUACACGACUGCUGGCUCUCAGUUGUCGCUCUCGCUAACUUAAAAAUAUUUUUAAAUUUGCCGACGACAAUAGAGAGGAGAGGAUGCCACUAAUAUCUAAAAUGUAAAAUUGUUCAAUGAUAUAACAAACCUGAAGUUAUUUUACAAAGAGAAGCAUAAUAUAUCUCUUUUAUAUCAUUUGUAAUAACAACUCAUAAUUUAAAACAAAUAAAUUUACUUAUUUUUUGCAUAACAAAUUUCACUUUGAAGAAAAUAUUAAAAUUGCAUUGAAGUGAAAGGUAUUAGUAUGGCAACAACGAAAUUGUGUGCAUAUAAAAUGGACAGCUGUGUUGGUUUUGUGUACAUGUCGGCCAUUGUUGUGUCGCUUCCUUUUUACGUGGCAACUCGACAGGCAAAAUUUUAUUGUAUACUAACUGCUGUGCAGGAUAAAGUCAUGUGUAGAAGGGAGGAUGGAGUCAUGUGAAGAAGUUCACGCAAGCGAGGAAACUUCUCUGAUCGCCAUUCACUUGGGAGUGGCCAGAAGCGAUUCUUUUACAUGUGACUCAAGCAGCUCACUUCUUCCGGUCUUUGAUCAAGUAUCCUCUGGGUAGCCUUAGAACAUCCGUUUAAAGGCGAGCUAAAGUGAGAAGACGAACAUCCCCUGCGGGGGGGUUGUGCGCUGGGUUUGGGACCCGCCACGUAAAAAAUCAUACCAAUGAAAAGGAACAACAAGCCUCGUAUGAGUGACCCCCCUUUUGAUGACGACCAUGGCAAACGAAAUAAGGACUACGAAUUGGGGGCAUGUACAGGGACCGGAUGCCUUAGUUGGGAAGGUGUCGCUGCCCAGCUGGUUGAUGUCCUCGUCAAAAUAAAGGCUGACAUCACCGCCGUCCAAGAAAUGCGAUGUACGGGACAAGGACAGAUACGAGUAGGUCCUUGUGGCAUUUACUACAGUGGCCAUAUAAAGGAGCGCCAGUUUAGUGUGGGAUUCGUGGUGGGAGAGAGACUCCGUCCUCGAAUACUAUCAUUCACUCCGGUCAAUGAACGUCUCACAAUCCGCAUCACAGCCAGUCUCUUCAACAUAUCGCUGAUUUGCGCCCACGCUCCGAAGGAAGAGAAGGACGAUGUGACAAAAGAUGCCUUCUAUGAAUGCUUGGGCCCACUUAUAAGAGCUGCCAGGGUAGGCAAAGAAGGUAUCUUUGGCACUACGGUCGGUAAAUUCAGCCUCCACGAUGAAACAUCCCCAAAUGUGUUGAGGCUGAUCGACUCCGCCGGGAUCCGAAAUAUGGUUAUCUGUAGUACUAGAUUCCAGCACAAGAAAAUAAAGCUACCUGGCUGUCUAAAAAACGCAUGUCAACAAACUCUAGGAAGGUUCGACGUCGGGAAGCUGCAAUCACAACAGACAAUCGAACGAUUUUCUACUCGGCUUGCACUCCUUCUCUCUGAGAGCACUCGUCAACAACUCGGUAUAAAGGAACUGUUGGACGGCAUUUCAAACACCUUACGUAUAGCUGCAACCGAAACCAUUGGUUUUCGGAAAAUGCAAAAGAACAUGAGGAGUGCCGUGUCGCAGCGGAGAGAAAACAGGUUGCCUACCUCGCAACGUUACGAUCGACCACAACACGUGCGGGAUGGGAUACAUACCGAGAGUUGAAGAGGGAAGCGGGACGCAUUUGCAGACAGAAGAGGAAAGUGGCCGAAAUGCGUGAGUAUGAAGAGCUUGAUAAGCUAGCCAAUAGGGGUAAUACUCGAAAAUUCUAAGAAAAAAUGCGGCGGCUUAGAGAAGGUUUCAAGACCGGAACAUACUCUUGUAGAACCCCCAAAGGUAAUCUAGUGACUGAUGCCCAGAGCACACUUAAAUUAUGGAGGGAACACUUCUCCAACCUGCUGGAUGGCAGUGAACGUACAACGCCAGGAAAAGGCGAACCCGAUUUUCCAAUGGAGGACGAUGGAGCAGACGUUCCAUUGCCCAACCAUGAAGAAGAUCGAUUAGCAAUUACCCGCCUGAAGAACAACAAAGCGGCGGGGGAUAAUGGAUUGCCGGCCGAGCUAUUCAAACACAGCGGCGAAGAACUUGUAAGGAGCAUGCAUCAGCUUCUUUGUAAACUAUGGUCUGACAAAAACAAGCCCAACGAUUAGAAUUUAAGUGUGCUCUGCCCAAUCCACAAAAAGAGAUACCCCACAAUCUGCGCCAACUACCGUGGGAUAAGCCUCCUCAACAUCAUCAAAAUAAUUCGAGCUGCAGAACUUAAUCGAGCAAGUACAAUCUUUUAUAAGAGUGUACAGCUGCUGGCGUAUGCCGAUGAUAUUGAUAUCAUCGCCAGCAGCUGUACUUUCAAUACAAAACGUUCUCCAAUCAGCUCUACAUUCAUAUUAUUUUCUCCAACAAUAGGUUGGUAAAAUUACACGAUACGGAGUCUCUUUGUCAGAAACAUCGUUUGAGGGAGCUUUUAUUGUUGCCCAGCGUCAGCCUCCACAACCGUAUUAGCUUUGCGGGGAUGCCAAGUUCAGACAUAGCGGCAUAGAAGCAGUUCCUUUUAGUGCUGUCGAAGAUAGUUUUAUUAUCGAGUUUGUUGACGGUUCAGUUGUUAAAAAAAUAUUUGGCGCAGAUUCUGGGGUCACUCAUUUUAUGGAUUGGGCAGAGCACAAUUAGGUUCCAAUCGUCGGGCAUGCCUUUUAAUGUAAUAAAGUAUUAUAUCUUAAUGUUAUCCAGAUAUAGUAUGAAUAUUUUAAAACUUCGAAGUACCAGGCAAUUCAGAAUCUUGUGCAUUGAGUUUGCAAAAUUAUGCAAUUGCAAAUAUUUACUAUCAACAAUGAACGUCUUUUUUGUGGUUUCUGUGCUACCCCUGCAAAGACCAUUAAUUCACAGCUGAUUGGUGAAGAAAAACAUUGUAAACAAAAUUUUCGCACAAAUUGAAAAAUAUGCCGAAAAAAGGGUGAGGGAAAAAUUAACUGACGCUUUAUUUGAUGAAGCUGCUGAAGAAAUUAUGAAGAAUGAAGGUAAAAAAUAUUUUUAUGCGGCACAUAGCAAAAAUUUCGGUUUUACUUCUGGAGCUUCCUGCAAGAAAUCCAGUAUACUCUGGAUUACUUUUCCGCUCCACUAUUUAUUCGGCUUUUCGUCUUUAAGCCUUGUUUUAUUCAAACUGGUUUGCUCCAUUUCUUAAUUAUUUGGUAGAGAAUACGGCAAAUGAUAUUCUUAAUAUAAUAGGUAAAAGUUGGUGACUAAAUAUCGCUCAUUUGCUGCAAGACCGGCAUAAGUCAAAAAAAUCGAUUCUCCAGAACACGCGUUUAAAGUUUUCAACUGACUACAACCUUACACGGUGACUCCAACCUUACACCUCUUCUCAAGCGGAGCAUGUCAGAGGUAUUCAUAUGAAUUUUUCAUUCAACAUGAAGUAUGAUAUAACGAACAAUUCUGCAGCAUUAACUCAAAAAUCACGUUUUUUGAUUUAUGCCGGUCUUGCAGCAAAUGAGCGAUAUGUUUUUAUAUUCAUGGUUCCUUUUUUAUACAGAAAUGGACGAAGAUGGUGAGGCGGUCGAUAAAAUUUUAGAUGAAUGUUGAAGUAGUGCUUUCAUGCCGGCGUGGAGUUGAGCAUGAAGUCCCAAAGUCACCAGUAUGGCGAAAUGAAAUCGAAACAGAUUCCUGUGGAUUUGCAGUUAGCAAUUGUGCUUUAUCGUCUGGGCUAUGCGGAGAGGAUGCUGCAUUGAAAAAAAUUUCAACAUUAUUUUUAUUAUAAUUAUAAUAUAUAAUUACGAAAAGAGUUUUCAGUGCUAUACUAAGGUUAAGAGAUUCCUUCCUUUUUUUGCCAAAAGAAACAGAGCGAUCAGAAAUUGUACAGGCUACGUAUUCCGAAAUGCCAUUUUGCUUUGGCUAUAUUGAUGUUACGGAGAUAAACUUAUCGAUCCUAUAUCAUUCUUUUCUCGUGAGCACAUAUACUCUAUCAAAGCCCAAAUAGUUUGCGAUUACAAACUCAAAAUACAACAUGUAAUGUUGGGACAUGUUGGCAGUUGGCAUGAUGCGAAAAUAUACCGCAUCAGCUCAGCUUUCUUGCAAAAAGACACAUUUUUUUUCGUCACAGCAGUGGUUAGCUGGUGACUCAGCUUAUCCUUUGUCCGAAACUAUGAUAACUCCAUUCCGAAGUAAUGCUCGAGUGCUAGACAUAAAUUCUAAAAUUAAUUUCAAUUUGCGUCACGGUAAAUUUUGAGUUCGAGUCGAGCAUUGCUUCGGUCUAUUGAAGGAGCGGUUUCGCAGUCUUAAGGAGUUCAGAGCACGCCUUAUAAAUAAAGAAAGCCACAAUUUAUGUUGUGAUUGGUUUGUUGUGUGUUGUAUGUUGCACAACAUACUACGAGAGGAUGACAGCACAAACUACGAAUAUACAAAUCUCGAUGAGGACAUCACGUACACUGAUGACAACGGUGAGGAAAGCGAAGAUGUACAACCAAACAGAAAAGGGGAAACUAAAAGGCUAGCAAUACAUUCAUUAAUGUUUGAGUAAACUCUAAAAAAGUUAAAUUUUGGAUUAGUUCAUGUAUUUCAUUUUUAUUUCAUACAUAUGUAGCUAUUUGUUCGACUUUUUCCAUUUCUAGCUUUUUUUUUCAUCUUGCUUCAAUUUAAUUUUCUUAAGUUUUAGCUCUUCUUUUUUCAAUUCAAUUUCAGCUUUUGAUAGUUCUAGCUGCUUCUCCAACUUUUCUUUUUCAAAUUGAAGCUUUUCUUUUUCCAACUCCAUUCUGUUUUGCUGGUAAACCAUCAAACAAGCCGCUGAUGUUUUGGGAGCCUGCAUUUUCAUUUUUUUAGCCAUGGUUUUAACUGAUUGUGGAAAAUCAGCCCCAAGUGGGAGUGGUUGCUGCGAAACUGUUGGCGGUGGAACUGCUGGCGGCGAGGCUAUUGGCGGUGAUAUUGCUGGUCGGGAGAUUAUUUGCGGUGGAAAUGCUGGUGGCGAGGCUAUUGGCGGUGGAAUUGCUGGUGGAAAGACUAUUGGCGGUGGAAAUGCUGGUGGCGAGGCUAUUGGCGGUGAAAUUGCUGGUGGAAAGACUAUUGGCGGGAAUGUACUGGUGGGGAAAUUGUUGACGGCUGUGGCGCGAUAAGCAGCAAGUCAUUGCCCGUGUCGGCAGCGCAGAAAUUAUUUUGCUCAUGCGAUUUAGCUCCGAAAAUUUUUUUAGGCGAUUGUGAUGGGGGCACAUUUUCUCAAUUUUUUCUGUAAAAGACUUAAUCACUUAAGUCCCCAAAGCACUUUCAAUUCUUAUUAUUUACCUUCAAAACUGCCAACGCCCACAUCCAUUUCAUCAAUUCCAGCGCCAGUUGAGAUGCGAUAAUCAUUCGCUUUUUUAAAUGCACUUUUUAGGUGGCGUACCUUCCACCGCAGCAAGUCCCACGUGGCUUCGAUUCCCUUAACCACAAUGCAUUUUUUGUAAAAAAAAUUGUGCUGUUGGAGCCUAAUAAAAGUAAAUAAAUAAGCAUUUAUACAUUUCAAACUUCUUAAAAUGUUUACCUCAAUUUCAUCUGCUUCCUCCAAAAAAUCCAGAAGCUUGCUGAUUUCAGCUGUUUGAAAUGCAAUACUAAUUUGCACAUAUACAAUAACACAUGUAAUUUGUUUUUGUUUAAGAACAUGGUCCAAAAAUAUUUUGCAGUUGCACCGAAAUUUGCAUUUGCAAGACCAUUUGCACCGGAUUAUGAUUACCCCUAAUGUUUUUAUUUUUGACAGCAGCUGAUAAUUUGCAAACCAGUAUUGCAAAUAAUACAAUGGCGUUAGUGUUGCUUAUUUGCAAGGGUGUAGCAGGUGCAUCGCUAUACAUUUUGUUACUGUAAAAGCGAAAAUUUGCUCGCUAAUUUGCAAUUGAAAAGAUGCAAGACCAUUUGUACCAGAUUCUGAAUUGCCCUACUGUAAUUUUAAUCCAAUCAACGCAUUAUGCCUUCCAAGUUGCUGUUUUGGGUCUUAUCUUUUUUUGCAGUAAAUACAUGUUAAAAAAUAUAAUGGAGUUGUAAUUUAAGUAUAUGGAUUUGGUUUUCCUGCAACUACCGGUGAUUAGCGACAACUAAACAAGCUUUAAGGUUGCAAUUGUGUACUCGAUUUCAAUCGCAGUGCUAAUGUGCAUUCUCGGGUUACUAACCAAUUUAAUAUCUCCGACUAAGGACACGUUUAUUCUGUUUGGGUCAAGCAAUUUUAAAUAAUUUGCUUGCCGAUUGCGACAUAAACUUCUUAACUAGUUAACGUGUCUGCCGUACUGUUCUUUGUGUUGUAGUUUAUACGUAAGUGGUCUUCGGGUUAUAUCCACCCUAAGUGCUCUGCUAGUUAUCCAGAACUACAGUUUGUUUCUGUUCUGGAUAACUAGAAGUGCACUUAGGGUACCACCUCGCCAUUUAAAGCAAUAUUUGAUUCCAGAUAAAACUGGUUUUCCUGUUAUAAAUAAAAUAUCCUACCAUUUAUCUAUAUCUGUUUACUUAAUACUAUUUGCCUUUUC